AUGGUGAAUACAAGAAAAGAGAUAAAGGCAAUGAAGGGUCUUAUCUUGUAUCCGGAAGAAAAUCGGGUCAAGCUAGUAAGCGACCUGAUCCGUGAGCAAACUGGUAAACGAUGUGUGGUUGUCAGUGGUGCGACAACAGCUCUCGAGGUAGCUCAACAACAAUUCACUGAAGCAACUAUUGGCACUAAGAGCUUCGAUCUAGGAAAUGAGGUAAAAAGACUACUCCAGACAGAAUACUUCAAAUUUGUGGUAACGCAGGAUGAUGUAGGAGUUGAACUUUGUGGAGGCAUCAAGCAUGUUGUAGCAAUUGCAGCAGGAAUAUGUGACGGUUUAAAACUAGGAGAUAAUACUAAGGCAGCAGUACUUCGUAUUGGGUUUUGGGAAAUGUCCGAAUUGAUGAAGGAAUUAUUUCCUGAUAGAGGUACUGAUUGGUUUACAAUAGAACAAAGUUCUGGUAUGGCUGAAUUAUUUAUGUGUAUGGCUCAUCAAACGGACAAAAUUCCAGAAGUUGGAUCAGAUUUGGAUCUAAUGAAUAUUAAUGUUGGACACAGACUAUCUCUUGUAGACGGUUCUCCCCUCUUACCAGAAUUCUCGAAAAAAACACAUAGAACGUUCACUGAUGGAGUUGAGUACGCAGCACAGAUAUACAACAUAUUAGCAGCUAGACAUCGUACUGCACACUUCCUUUAUUCGUUGCGGUGCAUCGAAUUUGCCGAAAUGAAUUGAAACCGGAAGAUUUUUUACAUUGUUUGGAAUCUCAUCCAAUUCAUUUAUAGUAGCAUCAAUUCACAAGGGUUGCUAAGGAUGAUUAUGCCCCAGGCCAAUUUGUUUGUACGGUUAUUUCUGUCAUUCACUUGCUGAUCAAUUUUAUCACUUACCUUUUUGUUAUGUAGAAAGAUUACUUAAAAGUGUUUUUGAUUCGCCGCUCAUUCUUUUCCAGACUUUUUUAAAAUUUGAUCCAUCAUUUCAAUAAAUACCUUUCCUUUUGUAGAUGUUUUUUGAGAGAAAAAACUAUGGAUAAUUUUUCGACCAAUAGACAAUGUUUAUUUUAUUGAAAUACUUUUUAUUUGCCUCCUUCUGCUUCUUUAUUUACUUAGAAAGUACUUUUUUUGUUAUAGAUUUCGAAAACCACUGUUCUCCCUUAUUUCUAGCCAAAAUUAGUAGUGACUGUUUUUAGACGAUAGUUUUAUCGAAAAUUCACAAUUGAUGUCAUUUCGUUUGAGGCAUGAAGUGACUACUUGAAGAAAUGAGUAGCUUUAAAAUAUGCAUGAACGGCAGGUAGUGAUUACCUCUGAUCUCUCACUAUAUUUUAUUUAUUUCACUAAA